UUCAUAGAGUUUUGUGUACUCACUGUGAGCAGUGAGCCCCAAAUUCAAAAGAAAUAACAUUUUCAACACUAAAAGGCAUUAAAUAAAAGGAAAAUGGAGUCCUAUGUGGGCAGCACCAUGUCGACGGGCACGAUUGUCUCCGGUCAAUCGGGUCAGUCGGUGAUGGGGGUGCGUCGCAGGGGCAAGAAGGUGCGCGCUCUGCCGACGUUCGAUCUGUCGCUGGAGCAGAAGUGCGAUAUCAAAAAGGCAUUCGAUCUGUUCGAUACCGAGUGCACGGGCUUCAUUGAGGACAAGGAACUGCGCGUGGCUAUAAGAGCGCUGGGGUUUGAGCCCAAGAAAGAGGAGAUUAAGCUGAUGAUGGAUGAGAUCGAUAAGGAUAAGACGGGGCGCAUAGCGUUCAAUGAUUUUUUGCAUUUAAUGCGUCUUAAAAUGGCGGCCAAGGACACCAAGCAGGAUAUGUUGAAGGCGUUUUCGUUCUUCGAUGACGAUCACACUGGAACCAUUUCGUUCAACAAUCUGAAGCGCGUGGCCAAGGAGCUGGGUGAGAAUCUCACCGACGAGGAGCUGCAGGAGAUGAUCGAUGAGGCGGAUCUAGAUGGCGAUGGUGAGGUUUGUCGCGAGGAGUUUCUUGCCGUGAUGAAGAAAACAAAUUUAAUAUAAAUUCAUUUAGUUUGAGAGUUGGUGGGGGGAACAGAGACACACAGACAAAGACACAAGGACUGCACUUAACAUAUUAAUUAAAUACUCUGCUCGCACUUGUUAAUAUUUCAGGCACAAGCAAUAAGCACACCUGAAGUUUGGAUAUGCUGCGGUUCAAUAAAGCGAAAAGCAAAGAAA